CAACCGGAACCUUCGAAGGGGGGGAAACGUUAACAGUCGGACACAAAAUGGACGACGUACCAGAAAAUGCACCCGAACACUGUCCAGGUACAAAGAGUGAACAAGCAGGAAAGUCUUCAUCAUGUCAAGGCUGCCCCAACCAAAAACUGUGUGCUUCUGGAGCCACCAAGGCCCCAGAUCCAGCCAUUAAGGAAAUCGGAGCCAAGCUGUCCACGGUCAAACACAAGAUCCUUGUGUUGUCUGGAAAAGGAGGCGUGGGGAAGAGUACGUUCAGCGCUCACCUGGCUCACGCCCUGGCAAGCGACGUCACCAAGGAGGUUGCCCUUUUGGACAUCGAUAUCUGCGGGCCAUCCAUUCCUAGAAUAAUGGGGCUGGAGGGAGAGCAAGUACAUCAGAGCGGGUCAGGCUGGUCCCCUGUGUACGUGGACGACAACCUCGCUGUCAUGUCCAUCGGCUUCCUGCUCGCUAGCCCGGACGAUGCUGUCAUCUGGAGAGGCCCCAAGAAAAACGGAAUGAUCAAGCAGUUUCUACGCGACGUGGAUUGGGGGGAUCUGGAUUACCUCAUAGUUGACACGCCUCCUGGCACUUCUGACGAGCACCUGUCCAUUGUCCAAUACCUAGGCUCCACCCACGUCGACGGGGCUGUCAUCAUCACCACCCCGCAGGAGGUGUCCUUGCAGGACGUUCGAAAGGAGAUCCGUUUCUGUCAGAAAGUCAAGCUGCCGAUCAUCGGAGUGGUGGAAAACAUGAGUGGCUUUGUGUGUCCCAAAUGCAAGAACACAUCGCAGAUUUUCCCACCCACCAGUGGCGGCGCUGAGAAGAUGUGUACAGACUUAAAUCUCCCGCUGCUGGGCAAAGUGCCACUCGACCCAAGGAUCGCCAAAAGCUGUGACGAGGGCAAGUCCUUCCUCGACGAAGUGCCCGACUCUCCUGCUGCCCAAGUCUACCGGAGGAUCGUGCAAGGUAUCAGGGACCACUGUUCCAGACACACCACAGACCAGUCCAACACCGCCUGAACACACCGUUACAACAACCGUGUCGGACCAAAACUAAGACAGCCCACUUUUUCAUGAAAACUAAAUACGCACAUUCAGAACCGUCCCGUAGCUAUUUGGGAAGCACAAUGUUGCCACUUUCAUGUUCAUGACAGUCAGGAUGCCGCAGGUUUUAUUUGAACGCAUCACAGUCAUUGGGGUGUUCUUUGGCAAACUUCAGACAAAACAUGCCUCAAAUUCAAUUUAAAUGUGAUUAAAAGAGUAUAAAAUAUUUUUGUUUUUAGUACCUUUUUUUUGUUUCUAAAAACCUACAAUAAAAAUGAUGCACUGUU